AUGUUUUCUUCUCACUCUGCUCCUCGUGGUAUUCUGUCUGUUACAGUAGUUGAAGCUCGUAACCUCAAGAAGGAAGACUUUGCUGGUCAUAAUGAUGCUUACAUUGAAAUUUGGCUUGACAAGGAUUAUAAGCAACGUUCUGAAACGAUCAAAAAUACGGAAAACCCUGUUUGGAACCAAACAUUUACUUUUAACAUUGAAGAAGGAUCAUCUUUGCACAAGAUUUACUUCAAGGUCCUUGAUCAAGAUAUAGCUGAUACAGAUAAGAUUGGUGAGGGUCAUUUGGAUGUCUCACAUGCCUUUAAGGGUCAAGCUAUCGAUACAUGGUCCAAGUUACCUGCCAAGUUGGGUCUUACUAGUCAUGGUGAAGUUCAUUUUAUAGUUCAAUUCUCCCCUCAAUAA